CAGGACGCUUGCUCACGGUUAGUUUAGCUUUUUGUUGACAGUUCAGGAGAAAUUUACAGUUUUGAAAACACCAGUCCACGAAAGAUUUAAUAUGAGCUCCAUCACCUCUUCAGCUGGUAAAGUUGAAAGUGUGACAGCCAGAAGAACUGAAUCCUCAGACGCUGAAGAGAUCAAUAAUCUGAUCAGCCCAUCAUCUGUUGCUGUGUUUGGAAGAGUCAAUGUUAUUCACCUUCUUGAGAAAGCAAAUUUAGCGGUGACCCUGAGCACAACACAGAAUAAAGUGCUUGCUCAUGCGGCUUUCUCCGACCACCCCAUGGUAGAGCUGGUCGAUCCAGCAUGCUGGGAGAAUGUACUUCAGAAUGACUUCAAACCCCUGAAUACUCUUUUCCUGCAUCUGUUUGUGGCUCAGCCUGGUUUUUCCAUAGGGGGCGCCAAAGAGAUAGUGAGAACGGUCUUCAAUACCAUCAUUGAGCUGGAAUACAUCUGCCUUAUGACUCCCUACAGAGGCACGCUUGAGCCAGCGCUGGAGAAGAUCUUUGAACCCAUGACGUCUGUUGAGGAGGAUGUUCAGUUUUCAGCCUACGUUUGUCAUCGACACAACCACUGCCCUUGGCUUAACGUUCGCAGAGCCAGAGUGGAAGAUCACGAUGACAUCAUGCACAUAUUUGGAGAUCAGAUCACGUCACUGGUGGAAUCCCAUGGGCCGUACUUCCUGUCUGAACUAAUCGAGACUCAAGACGAGGAGAAUCAUGCAGCUGUUUGUGAAAGUGAAGGAACUGUUGUUGGUUUCGUCAGUGUGAGUGGUCACAUUGACCUGAAGCUCCUCAAUAAGUGCUUUGAACUUGGAGGAUUUGAAGGACUGAGUAAAACAAAUCCAGCUAACCACACAGAAGAAACAGCGAAACCAGAGGAACCAAACCCCUCAGAGAAGGAGAACAAUGUCCCUGACACUCAGGAAUCAAAUGAAGCCAUAGGACCUUUGGAAUCAUGCAUCAAAGAAACAGUGGACUCCAGUAAGGACCCAGAACUGCACGAUUCUCCUAAUGUGUUCUGCAUCCAGCUCUUCACCAUGGAAAAGAGGUUUGAAAUGAGAUCAGCAGACUUCUUACCGUACCUGUUCAAAGUUUUCCCGGAUCGUGAUUUCUGUGUGAUCUCUGUACCUAAACUGGUCCCAGAAUUCCCGCUGCUGCAGUCUUUCAUUAGAGUCAUUCCUCACGACACCAGCACUUUUCCACAGGAGCUCUACCUGUGCCACCGCUGGGCACUGCUCAGGAUGUUUGAUGUGCGUGUGGUUGUGUCGUCCGAUAUCCCAGCAGUCCAGAGUUUGAUUGAGAGUCUCGGUCAGCAGGAAUCCGUCAGUGAGGAUCUGGAUCUGUUCCUGCAGAAACGGAAAGACUUGGACGGCACUGCUCUUCAGGCAUUUGUGGCUCAGGUUCAGGGGCAAAUUGUUGGUUUAAUAAUCAUCAGAGAUGAAGAGGACAUUGAGUUCAUCCGAGCCCACUUUGAUGUUGAGAGAUUCAUGUACUUCAGCAUUCACCAGAGAGAGGAACACGGUCGACUCUGUCACUUCUUUCUCAAACCCAUAUUCCAGCACCACACUAAACAUUUCUUUAAGGAGGUGCUGCGCUUGGCACACAAGUCCUGCUUGAACUACCCCCUCUAUCUGCACCAUAACAGACAGAAGAAAGACAGUCCUCAGUCUCUGCCAGCUGUGCUGAACUUCAUGGUACCCGUGAGUGCGAGACGACAAAUUAUCUACCCACUCGAGGAGCUGGGCAUCAACGCACCAUCCCAUCGAAUCACCAGAGAACAGGUUCCCUUUGCUCUGUACUACACAAACAGAAAGCUGACCAUGGAGCCAAAGGUCACCAUCAAUGCCAGAAUAGUGGUUGUAGGAGCAUCCGACACCAGUUUAGCUCUUCUUGAAGCACUGACUUUCUGUCCUCAUCUUGAAUUCAACAAUCUCACUCUCAUAUCCACUCAAGGCCUUUCAGAUUGCUACUCUGAUGACAGCAUGAGAUUUCUGGCUACAAGUCAUUCCUACAGCGAUCAGGAUCAGUCUCGGCUGUCUUUGCGUUCCUGGAUCAGCGUUGUGACGGGCAAAAUGACGGCCAUCAACCGGGAGGUCAAACAGGUCGAACUGGCGGGAAAUCAUAAAGUGAAUUAUGACUAUCUGAUCCUCUGCACUGGACUGCAGUAUCAGAUUCCCAGCCUCACCAGUACUGAUGUCUAUAACUCGACCACCAGCGGUCCGAACCCAAAUCAGCCCAGACACAGAUACACUGGGCCCAUUCCGUCCAGCCUCUUCACCCUCAACGACCAGCAUGACUGCGCAAAUGCCAAACACUGGCUCAUCAGCAAUUUUGUGGAGUUGACAGGUGAUGCUGUUGUUUAUGGAAACACUAUAGACGUCUACACCUGCGUAGAGACCCUCAUUCGUUUAGGUAUCAGUGGAGGGAGGAUUCAUGUAGUCCACCUACCUGAUGAUGACCAAUCCUCCUGUUUCCACGACAUCUCAGUGGAAAAUACAGUGAAACAGGCUCUUAAGAAAGAGGAAGUCCACAUCCAUCACAACUGCCUCUUGGCUCAACUCAAUGACGGACAGCACCCAGAUCCAAUAACAUCAGUGUCCUUCACCACUGAUGGCCCACCUCUACAACUGGAGUGUGGAGUCUUCUUCAACUUCUCUCAUAAAACCGUUGACUACAACGCCUUCAAGGCUAUCAAUGAUGCCUGUUUGGUGUUCGAUGGCCGUCUGGUCAUAGAUAGCACCUUCCAUACCAACGACCCCUCCAUAUAUGCUGCUGGCCCCUUGACCAAAUACUCCCGCCGUUACCAUGCCGACAAAUGGACCGGUUCCAGCUUUAAUUCUAAGGAGGUUGGGCAGAGUUUGGCAUCUGUUCUUCUGCCCUUAUUCGACCCGACUCUGGAGCCCACCAUCAGCCCCCCAUCUGACCUGGAGGACCUCAUUCCACUCUACAGUCAGGCCAAGAUCCAAGGUGGAAGGUUACCAGGCAGCUACAAUUACCUCAGUCUUACCAAACCGGCUGCCAACGAGCACAGAACUGCAUCAGCUCGUCAAGGACGUGAUAUUGUGACCGGCCGCACUGCAACCGGGAACUACUUUCACCUGUAUCUCAACCAGCACGAUGUAGUGGAGAGCAUCACGUGUCUUUCUAAGAAUGCACUUCCUGUCUCAAACCUCCUGUGCCUAUACGGCAAACACCAGCUGCUGCUGAAUCAUCUGUGCUCACGCUACGACGAGGGUUUGAUCCAUGACAUGUACAGUUUUUUCCAAGAGAGUUGGAGCUUGGCUCUUUAUCAUGACCGCUUUACUGACUUUGAGCAGGAAGUUCGCCAAAUCAUGGAUUCAGCCAAACUAGAGGGUGAGUGUGGUUUGAUGUCAAUUCAAGAGGUUCUUCAGAAGAUUGUGGAUGAUAAACAGGAGACAGACCAGCCGAUGAGUCUCAGCGAGAUGUUUCUGAAGAGUGAGGCGUGUCCUGCUCUGAAGAAAAGUGUUCUGGAUUAUCUCAAGUACAACAGAUAUCACCUGACCAUGUAUGCGCAGCCAGGACUGCUGUAAUCACUGUUAAAGGGAUAGUUCACGCAAAAAGGACAAUUCUGUCAUCGUUUCCUCACCCUCAUGUAGUUUCAAACCCGUAUGACUUUAUUUCUUCUGUGAAACACAAAAGGAGCCGAGGCUAACAUUCAGAAAAAGGUUUGGAACAGCAUGAGUGUGAGUGAAUGAUCACGUAAUUUUUUAUUAUUAUUAACAUUUAUUGAUUUAUUUCAUUGUUGGGUCAACUAUGCCUUAAAUGCCUUUAAUAUUAAGGUGCAUAAAACUCAGUACAUUGUAAUUUCUUUGUAUUUGCUGCAACAUGUGUUUUGGGGGUCAAACAUGUAUUGUGGUGGGGGUGGGUGGCAAAAAAAACUUGAGCAAAUAAAUAAAAGCUUCAUGCUUUUGUCACAUGCAAACCUUUUUGGUGUUAUGAGUGACAAU